CCAAAUUUCCUAUGCAUUUUGUUGGAAGAAACUUCCUUGCGCUUCAUGUAUUUUUGUGUUUUAGCUAAGCUUAGUCUAUGUAUUUGGGGUUGUGAGCCAUGGCAAUUGCAACCAUGACAACUCCUCUUCCUAUUUCCUUAUUCCCUUUUCUUCUUCUCAUUCCCGCUUUCUGUUUUACCAUUUGUCAUGCCAAUUCCGACAUGCUUUGCAUUCAAAGUGAGAGAGCUCUUUUGAAAUUCAAGAAUCAUAUUAUUGAUCCUUCAAACAGGCUAUCGUCAUGGGUUGAAGGUGGGGUCGCUGUGAAUGGAUUGGUGUUGUCUGCCAUAACUCAACAGGCCACGUCAACCAACUGCACUUGGCUCCUCUUUCAGAGCCUGAUGACUUUGCACCGUAUGCUGAUCAUCAUGGGCGAAGCCAGAAAAAAAUUUUUAGGGGGCCGAAGGAAAUGGGGGGCCGGGGCCCAUGCCUGCCCCCCUGGUUUCGCCCCUACUGAUUAUGAAUGGGAAGCUUACUACAAUUCCCUGCUAGUAGGCAAAAUAAAUCCUUCACUGCUAGAGUUGAAGCAUCUCAGUUCCCUGGACUUGAGCAAUAACAAUUUUAGUAGCAUACAGAUCCCGAAGUUUUUCGGUUUUCUGGAGAGUUUAACAUAUCUUAACCUCUCUCGAGCACGAUUCCAGGGAGAAAUUCCUCAUAACCUGGGGAAUCUUUCAAAGUUGCAGUUUCUUGAUCUUGGAGGUAAUGAUCUCAAAUCAGAAAGUCUUCAAUGGGUUUCUGGACUUUCUUCCUUGCAGUACCUUGAUUUGAGUUCUGCGAAUCUUUCUAAAGCAAAUGACUGGCCGGUACAGGUAACAUUCAUACUUUCUUCUUUGUUAGAGUUGCACUUGAAAUCUUGUGGUUUAGAAGAUGAUCCAACUUCGAUCAGUGUUAAUUCUUCAAAAUCACUGCUUGCUCUUGAUCUUUUUUGGAACCGCUUAACUUCAGGCCCAAUUCCAGAUUACUUUGGGAACAUCUCCUUUCUUGAAGUUCUUGAUCUCAGUAUUAAUAAUCUCAAUUCAUCCAUACCCAACUCCCUGUACAGUUUAAACCGUCUUCAGUUCCUUAGUCUUAGUGAUAACCACUUACAAGGAAAAUUCUAUAGUGCCAUUGGAAACUUGAGCUCUGUUACUCACCUUGAUCUUUCAUCUAAUCUUAUGUUAGAAGGAAGAUUACCAACCUCUCUUGAAUAUCUGUAUGGAUUUUUGUAUAAUCUAUUGGACGGAGCUGUAUUAGAAACCCAUUUUUCUAAUCUCACGAGACUGACAACUCCGAAUGCAUCACACAAUAGGCUUACAUUUGAACCAAACUCAAGCUGGAUUCCCCCAUUUCAAUGUCGAAUUAUUGAAUUGGGUCAUUGGCAUCUUGGCCCAGUGUUUCCCCCAUGGUUAAAGUUCCAAAAGAAGUUGCAUCAUUUAGAUAUCUCCUAUGCAGGGAUUUCAGAUGUCAUACCCCUUUGA